UCCUUUUUUUUUUUUUUUUUUCCCCCUUAUUUCUCCUCCUCACUUGCAAUAUUUCGCUUCCAAAUUCGACAACCCCAAAUUCGAAAAUCUCUCGGAUCGAUCGAUCGAACAAGAAAAUAUGUCGUCUACUCGGGAAGAGAAUGUGUACUUAGCCAAGCUUGCCGAGCAAGCUGAACGUUACGAAGAAAUGGUUGAGUUCAUGGAGAAAGUUGCAAAGACCGUAGACACGGAGGAGCUCACUGUGGAGGAGAGAAACCUCUUGUCUGUUGCUUACAAGAACGUUAUUGGUGCUAGGAGAGCUUCGUGGAGGAUCAUUUCUUCCAUCGAACAGAAGGAAGAAAGCAGAGGAAACGGAGAUCAUGUUUCGAUAAUCAAGGACUACAGAGGAAAGAUCGAAACCGAGCUCAACAAAAUCUGCGAUGGAAUAUUGAACCUUCUGGAUUCUCAUCUGAUUCCCACUGCAUCUUUGGCUGAGUCCAAAGUCUUUUACCUCAAGAUGAAAGGAGAUUACCACAGGUACCUUGCUGAGUUUAAGACUGGAUCUGAGAGGAAGGAAGCUGCGGAGAGCACUCUUUUGGCUUACAAGUCAGCUCAGGAUAUUGCACUUGCUGAUUUACCUCCUACUCAUCCGAUUAGAUUGGGACUUGCUCUUAACUUUUCUGUCUUCUACUAUGAGAUUCUUAACUCACCUGAUCGCGCUUGCAACCUCGCAAAACAGGCCUUUGAUGAAGCAAUCUCUGAGCUGGACACAUUAGGAGAAGAAUCAUACAAAGACAGUACACUUAUCAUGCAACUUCUCCGUGACAAUCUCACCCUCUGGACUUCUGACAUCAAUGAUGAGGCGGGUGGUGAUGAGAUCAAGGAGGCGUCAAAACCUGAGUCGGAAGAAGGGAAACAAACUUAGACGUGGAAGUGACCAGAGAGAGAGAGAGAGAGAGGCAUGUAUGGUAUAAAUUUGGCUCUAGUUUCCUGGAGAUCAUGAUUUGAUUCUCCUUUGAAAACUCAUAAACUCUCUUCUUCUUCUUCUUCUUCUUCUUCUUCUUCUUCUUCUCUUUUUGGUUUUAAAAGCUGUCGAGUCUUUGAUUUUACUUCGUUGCUUGUUACUACAUUUAGGAAGUGAAGGUCGAGAAGCAGAAACAAAACUUAGGAUUAUUGAUUUCGAUUCCACUCGUUUUGGAUUUUA